CCCAAAACAAUGGCGGAUGGAAGAGUACUUCAGGUUGUGAAAGAGGAUGUUUAUAUUAAUCGUGGCCAGCAACACAUUAUACGGUCUCGGUGCAACAUUCGUGAGCAGACAAGUUCUGUUAGAAAUAGUGAUGGCAAGGCACUUCGCGUCGUCCUCGUUGGCAGUGAGUGUCAACAACACACAGACCUCAAGAAGGCGUUACAGACAGUGGAGGAAGCAGAUGUUGUGAAUUCUCCGACCGGCCUGGAGUUUGUGCCAGAUGCCGGAGAGUAUGAUACUGUGUUCGUCUUGUCGUCUUUUGAGGGGGACAUCUACAAUAAGUUGCACAAGGCCGAGGCGCGGAUACUGGGCCCCCCAGCCAUCAUCAGUGCUGUUAAAGCUAAUGAGUCUCUCCCCUACUCCAGCCGGCCACAGUUCUGCCCCUCAAUGAAGGGGGUUAUUGUCUGCUUCACAGGAUUCAAAGUGCGGGAACAAGUGUGUAACCUGGUGGAUCUGGUUCACCAUAUGGCAGGCAGUGUCAGGAAAGACAUCAACACCAAGGUCACCCACCUGGUGGCCAACUGUGGAGGGAGUCAGAAGUACCGGUUCGCUGUCAGUGUCGGAAUUCCCAUCAUGAGCGAGGACUGGGUACACCGGGCGUGGGCGGAACGAGAAAACACUGAACUGAAGGCUGACUGCAAGAAAAUGAUGCUGUACCGAGUGAAGCCGUUUUACGAGUGUUGUCUCAGCUUUCUUGGCUUCUCCAAGGAGGAACAGAAACACAUGGAAGAAUUGACCAUAGAAAAUGGGGGAACAUAUGCAUCACUGGGCAGUGAUGAAGCCACACACCUUGUUGUUGACGACCAUGCGGUCAAGGAAGUACCCAUGGACAUCUCGCUACCCCUACAUGUCGUCAGAGGAGAGUGGUUCUGGGGCUGCAUCCAGAUGGAGGCGUGUGCUGACGAAGACAUCUAUACUUUCCACAAGACUUUGGCCCACAACAAGCACACGUCCAACAGCAGUUUGGGCGGCACCAAGCUGGGCAAGAGGAAGAGACUGAAGCAGCUAGCCGAUGAAGGGGAGGUGGAAUUCCUGGCACAGAAGCGCCGUUCCAGUGAUUUAGGCGUGUCUAUGAGCCCCAACUCUUUCCUUGACGCCUCACACACACCUGACAAGUCAGACCUCAUAUCAGAUCAUAGUGCUGUUGAAAAUGGUGAGAACCGAUUGCUCCAGUCUACGGGUUCCGGCAAACCAUCACCACGGCAACAGGUGACGAGGGAACUCUUCCAGACAGAGAGCAACUAUGUUGGAAUCUUGUCCACAGUCAUAAAUACGUUCAAGACGCAGAUCGAGAAACCUGACCAGUACAACGGCCCUCUGCUGUCACCCCAGGAGAUCAAGAUCAUCUUUGGCAACAUCCCUCCAAUCUACGAUGCUCACUGCAAGAUGAGAGCCAGGCUGCAGGAGAUUGUAGAGAACUGGACGGAGGACGUGUACGUCGGGGACGUCAUCCUGGACUACGCUGAUGCUCUUACUAAGGCGUACCCACCGUUUGUCAACUUCUUUGAGGACACCAAGCAGACAAUCAUCAAGUGUGACAAGAGCAACCCUAGGUUCCAUGCCUUCCUCAAGGUGUGCCUGACGCGGCCGGAGUGUGGCAGACAGACACUGCAGGAGCUGCUCAUCAGACCGGUCCAGAGGCUGCCCAGCGUCAUCCUCCUUCUCAACGAUAUCAUGAAGAACACGAAUCCAAGGAGUCCUGACUACAGGAAGUUGGAGGAUGCCAUUGGUAAAGUGAGAGGAAUAUUGACGCAUAUUAAUGAAGACAAGCGGAAGACAGAAAACCAAGUGGCAAUGUUUGACAUUAUGAAGGAUAUCGACAACUGCCCCGCCACACUCCUCUCCUCUCAUCGUAGCUUCGUCGACAAGAUCGACGUGCUUGAACUGUCUGACACGCUGUCAGGUCGCAGUGACCCACUCUCUAUAUUUCUGUUUACAGACAGCAUUGAGAUCUGUAAAAGAAGAACCAAAGUGCUAAACUCGUCCAAGAGCCCAGCUGUACAUAAGACGCCCCAGAAAGCCUACAAACACCUGGAGAUGAUUCCCCUCACCAGCAUCAAACGAGUGCUAGAUGUCGAUGAGUCCGAUGAUUGUCAAGGAGCGUUCGGGCUCAUCUGUCGAAAUAACAAGGAGUUCAAGGAGAAGCUAUACAGCUUCAUGUUGGACACGGAAGACGUCUCCAAAUCUGAAAUCCUCACCUUGAUGUGCAAAAGUCUUGCCAACAUCCUUUGCCGCACAGAUUAUGAAAACCUGUUGGCUGUCGUCAAGGGAGACGAACAUGGAAUAAACACCAAAGAUCUAAACAGUCGAAUUAGUAAAGCUUUCAAGUUUGGAAAGCGUGUCAGUCGAGCGUUUUCAUUCAACAAGACACCGAGCAAGUUAAAGCGAGCCAUCUCUAGUGUGGCCCAUGGUUUUAGCAGUCCUUUUGUACGGGACAGCUAUGGGCCGGGCGAGCUGAGUGGGCGGCGUUUAGCAAGCACAUUUGAUUUAACAGAGUCAUCGCCGCUGACGACAAUGUCUCACAUAGACAACAGUGAUUCAAUAAGUCUGGGAGCAUUCUCUCUUCAGGAGGAGAGCUCUCCUAUACACUUCCCCUCCACACCCUCAUCGGAGCGACUGACGAAAUAUACAACGUUAGGUUCCAGUUCAGCAAAGAAAUACCUAUAAUUAAUAACAGACAACAAGACCUGUCACAAAUUGCAGCAUUAAUCAAAUUACCAGCAGUUCUUUGUGGAGAUGUGUCAAGUCAGCAGAUGAUCUUGUGGAGAUGUGUCAAGUCACCGGAAGAUCUUGUACUGAUGUGUAUCAAGUCACCAGAAGAUCUUCUGGAGGUGUGUCAAGUCACCAGAAAUUCUUGUAUUGAUGUGUGUCAAUUCACCAGAAGAUCUUGUACUGAUGUGUCAAGUCACCGGAAGAUCUUGUACUGAUGUGUAUCAAGUCACCAGAAGAUCUUGUACUAUUAUGUGUCAAGUCACCAGAAGAUCUUGUACUGAUGUGUGUCAAAUCACCAGAAGACCUUGUACUGAUGUGUCAAAUCACCAGAAGACCUUGUACUGUGUCAGAUCAACAAAUCACCGAACAAUUAGUCCACUUGGUCAUUAGGUCAACAUCGAUUCCUGGUGCCAGCCUGAUACCUUGGUGUAUCCAGAUUGACGGGAGUUCCUGAUGUGAUUACCAACAAGGAUUACUCUGAUCGCAAGAUAGACAGACCAUCUGAAUGAGUUAAAUCUGCUUGUGUACUUACAGAUAUCAAGUGUGGUCCAUAUCUGGACACUUAUCAUUUUCCCCCAAAUACCAAAAUUCAUAAAUAACCUAAUUGGAACAUAUUAUUUCAUUGAUUGAUAUAUAUUUUUAAUUUGAGACUUCGAGUCAAAGUAGAUUGUACAAACUUAAAAAAAUUGAUUCUGUGAUUGGGUGUCUAUUUGAGCUGUCCAAAGUAUAUAUAUUUUUGUAUGUUGUGUGAGAGUGUAAGAGUGUGUGUGUAAAUAUUAGCGGAGUGUAUUAUAUGUACAGAGUAUGAGAUAGUGGCUUGCUGCUAUACCCCACAAUAGUGCUGCCUACAGGUACAUAUCCUAGCUACGUCAUCACAUCUGUCACACUGAUCAAACUUGUUGCAUAAUAUCAGUGGAUCCUUUCUCAUCACCAUUAUUUAUUGUAUCGGAAUCAUUGUAUCACAUCACUGACUUCUCGGAAAAGUGCCGAGUUGGCAGUUUAGCCAAGGCCGAACCAGUUCACCGACGCACACAUCCUUUGUGAAUCUAAACAAAACUGUUGACAAUUUUGUCAAACCUUUUUGACCAUUUUCACAUGAAAUUGUCCACAUUCUGAUACUGAUCAACGUUCUUGUUUUAAUGUUAUGUAUCAGUCUGUCUUAAAUUUAGAUGCACAUCUGAAACUUGUGAAAAUCACACCUUUUCACCCCUUCUUUUCAAACUUAUAACAUUAAAGUAAACUUAAAUAGUAUACUACUAAAAUAGGUAUUACCCUGACAGAGUAACACUACUGAAUAGAACAAUGCUGGUGGUCCCAAACUUUUAGUGGAAUGUGUAUAUAUCAUGAACAAAUAUGAAAGGAAUUAACUAUAUCUUGACCUCGGUGAACUGUUUCAUAGUAAGUAUGUAGCACCUUGUAACCUGUUAGCUGUGGAGUACUGUAGAUAUCGACACUGUAUAUCGGUAUCUGUCAAAUAGUUUAACCUAGAACACUUGAGUACAGUGAUGGUAUAAUAUGUAUUAUAGCCAGUGUAUAAUUGUGUUAACACAAUGUGUUUGAACAUUAUAUUCUGUAGAACCAGUGUGUACUUGUGUUAACACCAAGUGUAUAAUCCUCAUAUCUCCAUAGUAACCAGUGUGAGUUACAGAACCACCACUGUUAUGAUGCUUGGUCCUCUUUAAUCAAGCUGACUGGGGGUCCAGGUAUGCCUGUAUUGUGGUGACCAUGGUGCUGUUGGAUGGACAGUUGUCAUGGAGACCAUUUCUCCUGUUCUGUAUAGUAUACAGAAUAAAUGUUGAGUUUUACAAUC